AUGUAUAAUCAAAGUGCCAGACAGUCUGACAAUGCGGAAAGGUGGGAGUUACCACAUAAGAUUAAUUUAGCUUUAAAUUAUAGACAUAUAAAAGUGUUGAUUUCAGUCAAGUUAUCUAUUAAACCAUCGAAAGUCCCCAAAGCUGUAGAACAUUAUUUGGAAGCCCAAAAACCAAAUGAGAAUUGGUCCAAGGAAAUGAUGCAGACGUGGUUUAAUGGGAUUUCCCUUAUUCUUUGGGAUGAUCAAGAAGAAGUCACCUUAUACACUGGUGAUCAUUAUUUUGAAGGAACCCAAAAACCAAAUGAGAAGUGGUUAGAGGAAGAGAUGCAAACGUGGUUUAAUGGGUUCUCAUUAAAGAACAACCCUCACAAGACCUUUUUGCUGUCUUUUUAUCAGACGGAUGAUAAAGAAGUCACCUUGUAUAUGGGCGGUUGA